AUGGCGUACCUAACCUGGUCUGAGUUUUGUAAAGAGUCGCAGGAAUUUUUGGAAAUGUCGAAGAAACUAAAUGAUACAUGGAGCUGGGAAGAGAAGAACUCCAACGAGGGUCAGUCAUACUUAAAAUAUAAACAAAAAAUCUCCGAUCCCCUGUCGCAAGAUUUAAUACAACUCGAAUAUCACAUAGUAUAUUCAAUAUCAUAUCAGGUGCCCAUAAUGUAUUUCCAAGCCCAUUACAGUGAUGGCAAAAUGUUAACUUUGGACAAUGUUUGGCAACUUUUUCAAUUUCAACAAAAAGAUUCGCAAUAUUCACGGGAAGAUAUGCUAAGCAUUUUAACACAAAUGGAACAUCCGAUAUUAUUUAAACCAUAUAUGUGUUUACACCCAUGUCGGACAGCAGAGGUGCUAGAACAAACUCCGACAAGUAAAAAUCGCAUAUUAACAUUUAUUAGCGUAAUGGGUCCAUAUUUGAAGCUGGAUUUAGAUAAUACAUAUGGUUUAAUGUGCGAAGAAGGAAAAUCAUGA